GUCUGAAGAUGAACAGAGACUGAUCGAACAGUUCAUCGAGAACCUUCUGGCUUCUGAUGGUGAUUUCUGGAUUGGGCUCAGGAGGCGUGAGGAGAUGCGAAGCAAUAGCACAUCGUGUCAGGAGCUUUAUGCCUGGACUGAUGGCAGCACAUCAAAGUUUAGGAACUGGUACGUGGAUGAGCCUUCCUGCGGCAGUGAGAUCUGCGUGGUCAUGUACCACCAGCCAUCAGCACCUGCCGGCAUCGGGGGCCACUACAUGUUCCAGUGGAAUGAUGACCGAUGCAACAUGAAGAACAAUUAUAUUUGCAAAUAUGCUGACGGCGACAGAACCAAAUCUCCAACCCAUCAACCCCUAAUUCCAGAAGACACUCAGAAAGUAGAUGCCAAAGAAACAUCUACAGAUAAUCAAGAAACUGCCUUGAACCUGGCCUACAUCCUAAUCCCCUGCGUUCCCCUCUUCCUCCUCCUCGUGAUCGCCGCUGUCGUGGGCUGGGUUUGGAUCUCUAGGCAGAGAACUCAGGAGCAGCCAGACCCUAGCACAAAGGAUCAGCCCACCAUCUGGCCGCCCCCCCACCAAGGAAGCAGCCUGGACCUGGAGGUGUAUAACGUCAUCAGAGAACAAAGCGAGGCUGACUUAGCGGAGACCCGGCCAGACCUGAAGAAUAUUUCCUUCCGAGUGUGUUCAGGAGAAGCCACGCCUGAUGACAUGUCUUGUGACUAUGACAACGUGGCUGUGAACCCCUCGGAGAGUGGGUUUGUGACUCUGGCGAGCACAGAGAGUGGAUUUGUGACCAAUGACAUUUACGAGUUCUCCCCUGAUAGAAUGGGACGGAGCAGGGAGUCGGGGUGGGUGGAAAAUGAAAUAUAUGGGUAUUAGAAUGCAUGAAAGAAAGGAACUUAAACUGACAAGAAUGUGAAAAGGGGGUUAAAAGAAAGAAGAAGUAAAAUUACACCCCCCCACACCUUUUUUUUUCCUGCAAAGGAGAAGGUCUCUGAAAAUGCUUAGCUUGGUGAAAUCCGGAUGAAGUCUUAAGGGUGAGCAUGUGACCCCCACUGGUUGCCAGUAGAUCCCCAAGUUUCAUCUGUAGCCUCUCACCCAGCUGGAUCUUAUAAGAAAGCACCUUGCUCCGGGGUCUGGCACAUAGUAGGUUCUCAGUAAAUGCUGGUUGUAUUGAUGGUGUC